AUGCACUCGGGGUGGGAGCACGCGCAGCAGCCCGGGUUCGGCGGGCAGCACCACGGGCAGCUGCAGCCAGGACAGAGCCAGCAGCAGGCGUUCACGCCGGGUCAGCAGGUCCAAGGGGGAGGCGUUCACGCUAGUGGUGUCGGCGCGUUUGCGGGCGACCACGGCGCGUGGCAGGCGUAUCAGCAGCCGCUGCAGCAGCAGAACGGAGGGUACUACCAGCAGGCGAACCAGCAGGUCCAGCAGGGAGGUUAUCAGCCUGUCGCUUCGACGUCGGCUCCGGUCGGUGGAGGGUAUGCGGCGGGACCACCGUAUGCUGGAGUGGCGCAGGGCAUGCAGUGCGGCGUGCCCUCGACGCACUCGCGCGCGAUGCCGCAGUACCCGCCUCAGCAACCCGACUCGUCCGGCUACGCUCACUUCGCCCAACCUCCUCCCGCUCCUCUCGCUCAACACCCAGGCCCCGUCCCUUCUCCCGCGCCUAUACCAUCGCAGCAACACCCUAAUCAUCAUCCGCCGCCUCCCGCCUCGGCGGCGUACGGGACGAAAUUUAUACAACAGUCGAUGCAGUCUUUCGUUCCUUCCUCCGCGACGAUGCUCUCCCCGACCGCUCAGCGCUUCCAAUCUAAUCCCUCACCAGCACCCACUCAGCCACACCCGCCUAAUCCUUAUCCUCAGCAGCAGCAGCAGCAAACGCGACCUAUCCCUUCCUCCUCUCAUCCGCCGCAGCAACCCCCAACUCCCGCUCACCAUCCCCCUCCGUCAGCGCCCACCGCCGCAGGGCUGCAGAACCACCUCGCUCGCUUCGAGGCAAUCACGCAACAUCGACAAAGGCUACAGCAGCUUGAUGCGCAGCGGAAUGCGGUGGUCGGCGCGGGUGGAGGGGCGGAACAGGUUGCGCAGGUUGAGCGGCAGAUGCGGGAGGUCAAGACUCGCGAAUUGACCCUUCUCAGCGAGUGCGAGACGUUCGUGAGGCAGCACGGCGGAGCGGGCGCGAUCCAGCGCUACCUUGAGCAGAUGCGGGCGAACCAGCAGCGCUUUCAGCAACAACAGCAGCAGCAGUUCUCGCAACAAGCGAUGCAGGCUCAACCUGCCUACGCGGCGCAGGCGUACCAGCAGGCGUUGCCGAACGGUGGCUUUCGGCCCGGGUACUCGAACGCUUCGCAGCAACCGUUCGACGGCCAGCAACAGUAUCCUGCUGCCGCGCCUCCUCCUCGCCCUGUUCCUUCGCCUCGCCCGCAGCCUCCGCACCAACUUCAUCCGCAACAACCACUCGGGGCCGUCCCUCCCUCCACCUUCAACCCUCAACAGCCACAGCAGUACGCGCCCGCGCAUGGUGAUCAGCAAAACGCUCCUGUCGACCGAAGCCAGCUCCACCCGAUCCCGUUCCCACCUCCCUCGUCGCAAGAUCCCACGUUUCAACCGCCGAUGCGUGUCCCGUCGGUUACGAUGCACCCUCCUCCCUCUUCUCAGCCUUUCCAACCUGGUCUACCGCCUCAAUCUCAGCCGCCUAAUCCCGCUAGCUCUCCCUUCCCGUCACUCCCUCACGCUCCCUUACCUCCUCGCCCAGCACCUCUCUCCGCCUCCUCCGCCUUCCCAUCCGACCCACGCGCCCAGUCCGCCGCCCAACGCAUCCUCCCCGUCUCGCGCCCUCAGAUGGUCCAACCGCCCCUCCCAGCGCCAGACGGCCCGAUGACCAACCUCCUAACACGCGAAGAGUGGGACCGGAUGGAGGAAGAGCGUGAGGAGAGGGAGAAGAAGGAGGGGAAUCCGUUUGGGUUUCCACCGAGUGUGGUGGAGAAGGCGCGGAGGGGCAAGGUUAGGCAUCCGACGCAGGUGUUGGGCGAGGACGUGGAGGGUCAUCCGACGCUGGCGGAGUUGCUCGCGAAGGUCACGCCGCAAAAGUUCUACGACGUUCUCAAGCCGCUGCUCGCCAAGCACGGUCAGACUUUGACGCCCGAGAGCCAUACGCUCGAGGGACGACCGAUCGACUUAUUUCAGCUCAGCCAGGUCGUCAUCGGGCAAGGUGGUGGAUACGUCAAGGUCGACGCCGACAACGCCUGGCCUCGCGUCGCCUCUCUCCUCCGCAGUCCGCCUCCGCCCGCCGGCUCAUUCGCUACACCUCCCGCACCUCCGCCGACGCAUCUCCCGACGCACCUGCGGGACCUGUACAUGCGCCUCCUCGCGCGCUACGAGGACGGCUGGUCAGGCACGAUGCUCAAGCAGCGGGAGAAGGAGAUCGCGCUGAAAGGCGCGAGAGAGCUGUUGCUUGCGAAGGGCCAGGCGGCGCAAGCUGCGCAGAACGGACAGGCGGAGGGAACGCAUGUUGGCCCGACGGUACAGAUGGGCGAGCCGUACAAGACGCCGACGAUGCAGAUCCAGCAUCUGCAGAUCGUCCCCUCGUCGCCUGUCAGCGUCAAUGGGACGUUUGCCGUCUCGUCUGCUCCGUUGGCGCCUCUGUCGGCUGCACCGAGUGCUCUCGUCUCCUCACCUCCGGCUGCACUGCCGACACCGUCCAUGUCGUCCAUGUUCGCCAACUCAUUCUCCGCCUUCUCGCCCGCCCCGACCGACAUCGGAAUCUCGCCCUCCGUCACGUCCAUUCCGACUGGAACAGUCCCGUCGACCGAUCCCUCGACCCUCCACCCCUCUUCUCCCGGCAAGUCCAGCCUCCUCCGACCGACCACUCCGCACGACAGCCAACAGCGCGUCACCUCGCCCGGCACGCCCCGCUCCUCUGCCGCAGCAGCAGGCCAAAUUGCGCCUUUCUCGACUACCGCAGCCGCCGCAAGUCCCGCCCAACCUCGCACUUCGACUCCUCGACCUGUCCUCCUCGCGCGCGAAGCGUCAGGCGGUUCGUCCAGUCUGAUCGGAAGCCCAAACGCCGGCGAGGGCGAGAAAGGACGGCGCAGUCGCGCGGCGUCGGUUGCGUCGUCUUCGAAGAAACGGGACCGGACGCGCGAGAUGGGCGACGAAGUCGAGGUCGUUGGAGACGAGGGCAGGCGGAAGAGGGAGGGUACGGGUGCGGUCUUGACGCCUGAAGCGGGCUCGAGCGGUCCGAUGAGGCAGAACAGCACGAGUACGGAUGGCGGGAGUAGCGGGAGCAGCGGGAAGCUGGGUAUGACGCCUAGUCGCCCGGCUGGGGGGUUCGUCAGUUCGCCUGCUGCGAUGGCGCUCAGCGAUGGGACGCCGGAUCUCGUGGCGAACAAGGCGCUCAGGCCGGAUACGGCGACGACGGUCUCUUCGACGAGCGCUUCGCCUCACUCGGUUGGCGGAGGGGAGAUUCCACUUCCUACGGCGCCGCUCGCCCUGCCGACGUCGUUGCAGACUGUCACGCCUUCGACCCCGGUGAACAGCGGUCUCGCGCUGUCUGCCGCCGGGCUCAGCCUCUCUACCCCUGCUCAGCCUUCGAUCUCUUCCGCGCCUGUCAAGUCCCCACGCGACUUCGACUUUCUCUCCCUCACCUCGCCUGCGCUUGGCGGCUUCGAGGCGUCACCCAUGCUCUUCAACACCUCAAGCUGGUCAACGAACCCUUCGGCGUUUGACUCGUUCACCUCUUCGACUGGAGCCGACUCGUUCGGCCUGAACGAUACGGGCGACAUUUUUGUCGGUCUCGGAGGAGACGACGCCGCGACGAACGGUGCCAAGUCGAAGCAGCAGCUCCAUCCUGGCGUGGACGACGACCCCUGGGCGACCUCGUCCCUCCUCGACUUCGAGUUCGUCGCCGACAGCUUCACCUCGUCCUGA